AUGAAGAUUCAGUGCCUUGAUUUCCCUAAUGGCUCCUCAAAGACCUUCCUCCUUCGAACACACCAGAACACCAUUCUCUUCAAUUGUCCAUUGGAAAGUCGGCUACUUGAAGAAUUACGGGGAUCCUCGCGUCCACCUUCGCUCUCGCAAUCCUCCUCCUCGCGACAAGCACCUGUGCUAGGAUCGAUCCUGUCGACAUUCACCAGUGCUCAUAGUAAACGAUUGCUUGAUAUGGAAUACACGGCAGCACAAUCCCAAGCUGAAAGUAUCAGCGUGUUCAGAACAGCCAACCUGGAUCUUGUGGAUAUCAGCAACAUCGAUGUCGUUAUUAUUGCCAACAGCGACAUGAUGCUUGGUCUACCGUUCUUGACUGAAUAUCUUGGUUACAAGGGAAGGAUUUAUGCAACAGCACCGAGUAUAGAGUUUGCAAGACAGCGGAUGGAGGAAUUGAUCGCUUAUCAUGGAACAUCGGGCACGUAUACUCAGCCAGGCUCGUCAAUUGGAGGCAUGCCUACUGGCCUUGUUGCAGAAGGAUGGCGCUUCUUGUACACAAUGAAUAAUGUCCGCGCAUGUCUUGACAAGGUGCAAUCGGUUGGGUAUUUGCAAGAGAUUUCACUUUUCUCAGCUCUCAAAUUCACAGCACACAGUUCGGGCUAUGCAUUGGGUGCAGCAAAUUGGGUCCUUGAAGCUAGUGAACGCAAAAUCGCCUUAUUAUCAACUUCAAGCACUGUUCCAGAUCGACAUCCACAGCCUUUUGAUCCUUCAGCUUUCAACAAUGCAAACGUGAUUCUUGUCAGCGACACCCGGAGUGAGAUACCAGGCGAUAGGGUGGACUUACUACAUAUACGUGAAAGAAUUAAGGCGAGAGCAGGGUCGGCGCUUCAUACAAGGCAAAAUCUCUUAUUUCCUAUAUCAACAACGCGUGCUUUGUUUGACAUUUUGGAGGAUUUACGGAUAUACUUUUCAGCAAUGGGCUUAGAAGCUAGCACGGAUGCUGGUUUUCCUCAUAUCUAUGUAUUAAGUCCUGUAUCGAAGAUGAGCCUUGAAUAUGCCAACAUUUGUGGUGAAUGGAUGACACCUGAUCAUCAUGUUAAUCUGUAUGAAGCGGUGGCUCCUUUGGGAUACGCAAAGUUGGUCAAGUCAGGGGUGCUGAAGGCUAUCAAAUCAGUUGCAUCCACGCCAAAUGUAAAAUACGACCUUGAAGAACCAUGUAUCAUGUUUGCUGGUGACUACACAUGCCUUGCACGAGGGCCUGUUGCUUCGCUUUUGAGAAACGGUUCAAAGAAUAGCAAUACCCUGUGUGUGAUUACUGAAAAAGAUACCCCCGCGCUAUCAGAUAUUGCCAUGCCUAUGGAAACAAUCAUUUAUGAUCCACGAAUGAGUCUAUUGGAUAUGGCUUCGUCUAUUAUAACGCAUAAUCAAGCAAUUCCGCCACAGCACAUUAUCAUCCCCGGCGCCCUGGAAUCCAUGGAAGUCAAAAAAGAACUUGAGCAGAUCCUUGGUAGCCAUAUCCAUGUGUAUAGCCCUGGUGAGAUCCUCAACAUCGAACUUGAUCGUCCUUGGGAAAAGCUGAUGAUCACUGAAGAGCUCUCAUCCGACAUAUGCCUUGAACCAUUCCCGCUUAAUAACAGCAUUGCAUGCGCCGGUGUUAUGGGAGAGGUAGUACUCUUCAAUAAUCGUCUCGAAUUGCGUCCAGUGACAUCUUAUUUUGAUCAAAACUUUGGUCGAGAAUGA